GAAGCCAGUGCGUGCGCGGAGGGAGGGGGCGAGGCGUGGCGUGGCAGAAGGGCAACCCCCCCUCCCAAGGGAGGCUGCUUCGGCUUCCUGCGGCGAGUUUUUUUUUGCCUCUGAGGAGGGGAGAUGGGCGCCAGGGCCGGGCCGGGCAUCCUAAUGCCUUGGGUAGCGCUGGUGGCGUUCGGGGGCUGGGCUAGCGCGGGGUGCACGGAAGAAGGGCGCUGCUGCCCCGGCCGGGACCCGACCUGCACCAGCACGGGUUGGCGCAUCGACAGAGCCUAUGGCACCUGCUACUGCGACGAGGCGUGCCCGCUGACCGGCGACUGCUGUUAUGACUACGCCCAAGCGUGCCCAGGUCUUCCGUGCAUAGUUGGAGAAUGGAGCCACUGGAGUGGCUGUGCAGAGCAGUGUAAACCCAACUUCCGUAUGCGUACACGCAGUGUACAACAGGACCCCAAAAAUGGUGGGGAGCCCUGUCCUCCAUUAGAAGAGAAAGCUGGCUGCCUGGAAUAUGCUAACUAUGAGGGUCAGGAUUGUGGAGAAGGUCAUGUUCCUGCUUUCAUAACUACUUCGGAAUAUAGCAAAGAGAGAAAAAAGAGAGCUGCAAACCCAAGAUGGUCUUCAGAUACAGAAGAGCCUAGGAGCUAUUGUGUGGAAUUUAAAACUGAAACAUUGUCUCCUCGUUGCUCUGUGGAGAAUCGCCCAUAUGCUCGGUGGAUGCAGUAUUUACGAGAAGGAUAUACUGUGUGUGUGAUCUGUCAGCCUCCAGCAAUGCAUAGUGCUAACCAUCGCUGUUCUGGAGAUGGUGUUGAUGCUGAUAGAGAUAAAGUGCUUCACUGGCAAGCAGUUGGUAAUCCAUUCUGCUAUGGAACAUGGAAAAAAGUUAAAGAGGUGGAGGAAUGUUCAUGUCCUCAAGUACAUAGUUUUAUUUUUACAUAGCAAUUGGAACAACUUUAACUGAAAGGAGGAAGAUACUUGGAUGCUGGAUUUAAUGAACAUUAUUAUUUAACAAACGAAGUCAGUUUUAAGUUCCACUCAGCCUUUUGUGCACUGAGUAAAGUUAACUGUACCAAAUUAUACAGAAUGGCUUGAAGAUAAACUAUGGGAUGGCAUUCCAGCAAGGACUUUACCUUGCAUGUCAGUGACUCCUGUGAAUGGUCUGUUGGAAUGAAUAAGGUUCAGUCAUGUGCUCCUGUUAAGCUUAGGACAGUGGUCCUGAAAUGCAAAAGUUUGCUUUUGCCAUAGCAAAAGAGAAACCAAUCAGAUAGAUGCUCCUAAAUACUGAAAUUCCAUCUCUUCAGUAUGCGGUCAGAUCACACUACACAUUCCUCAGAACAGGAAGUUGCUGGGAGGUCUGCUAGCUUCUUAUGAACCAGUGAUAGGGAACCUGCUUGACAGUCUAAUUUACAUUUACAAACAACUAUUUAAAUGAAUGCAGCUGCUGUGCAGCAGGAAUAAGCUAUUUCUAAGAGGCACCUGGCCAUCAAGAAUUAUUCCAGAAUAGACAGGAGAGAAACCAUUGUUAGAACUGGAAAUAAAGAGAUUUUGGAGGAGUGUUAAAUUUUUUUUCUUAAAAUCAAAAUUUCACAUGGCAUAUGGCAUUAAAUAAUCUGCUGCCCAUAUACUUCCCCUUAUUGUAGAAUUGUAUGAAGGGCCCUGAGCUGAAGUAGACAAAGCAUCAUACUAAAACAUGGCUGUCAAAGUCUUCACUUACGGAGUACACAUGCUUUGAUUUUUUAGCCUUAAACCCAUUUUAUAUUUAUGCAGUUGCACAGGUGAUAGGAAUGAAAUGUUAAGCCUAAU